AUCUCAUGAAACAUGAGAAGGUGCAGGCCAUCAUCGGUCCUCAAACAUCAGGUGAAGCUGAAUUCUUGGCCAACCUUGGAGACAAAUCUCAAGUCCCUGUGCUCUCCUUCUCUGCAACUUCUCCGUCUCUCUGCUUAUCAUCCUAUGCCCCGUACUUUGUUCGCGGCGCGGUCAAUGACGCGGCUCAAGCCAAACCCAUUGCUGCUCUUCUCAAAGCCUACGGAUGGAAGCAAGCUGUGGCCAUAUGCGAGGACUCUAAAUUCAAAUCAGAUUUCUUUCCACAUUUAAGAGAUGCCCUCGAAGAAAUCGGGUCUCGCCUACAGUACAAAUCCAUCCUUCCCACCUUCGCAUCAGAGGAAUUGAUCGGUCAAGAGCUGUACAAGCUUAUGACAAUGCAAACCAGGGUUUUCAUCGUUCACAUGUCAUCUCCGCUUGCCUCUCAAUUAUUCCAACAGGCUCAAGAAAUCGGGAUGAUGAGUAAGGACUAUGCCUGGAUCAUUUCCGAUGAGCUCGCGAGUUUAUUAAGCUCCAUGGAUCCUUCAGCCAUAGCCUCAAUGCAAGGGGUCUUGGCAGUGAAGACAUACAUUCCCAAGUCCCAACGUUUGGCCAAUUUCAUAACUAGGUGGAAGCAUUUUUACAGUGCAGAAAAUACUACAGAGUUCAAGGUUCCAGAUUUAAAUGUUUUCGGACUAAGAGCUUAUGACAUGACCUGGGUUCUCGCGCUUGCGGUGCAGAAAUCUGGUACCGCAGCCCUCCCUUUUCAGAAACAAAGCACCGAAGAAGAGAUUGGGAAUUUUACAGAUCUCUCAAAUUUAGGAAUUUCACCUUCAGGCCCAAGUAUCCUCAGAGCCAUCUUAGGCACCACAUUCAAGGGCUUAGCCUGGGAUAUCCGUUUCAUUAAUGGAGAGCUCAAAGCUUCCACAUUUCAAGUAAUUAACAUAGUUAAAGAAGGUAUAAGAGUGAUCGGUUUCUGGUCACCUGUAUCUGGCCUAUCUCCGGUCGCUGAACGAACACAAGAGAAUAAGAAGAAGGACUACACAGCUAACAUGGCCGAUCUCAGGCCAGUAACGUGGCCUGGGGAAACAGCAGUGGUCCCUAAGGGUUGGGUGAUCCCCACAAACAGUAAAAAGUUAAGGAUUGGGGUUCCCAUUAAGAGAAGGUAUCAGGAAUUCGUGAAGGUAGAAAGAGACCCAGCUACAGGCCGACUGCAAGUGACCGGUUUCUCCAUCGAUGUUUUUGUUGCAGUCAUGGAGGUUUUGCCCUACUCUUUGCCAUAUGAGUUUCUUCCAUUUGCAGAUAGCGAAGGAAAAAGCGCAGGGAGCUACAAUGACAUGAUUAACCAGGUUGUUCAAGGGAAAUAUGAUGCAGUAGUAGGUGAUAUCACUAUUUUUGCGAGCCGUUCGAAUCAGGUCGACUUUACGCCGCCAUACACCAGUGCAGGGGUAUCAAUGAUAGUACCUCUGCAGAAGGAGAAGAGAAGCAAAUCUUGGGCUUUCUUGGAGCCAUUAACAUGGGAGCUCUGGGUGAUCACUACAUGUCUCUUCUUCUUCAUGGCAUUUGUGUUUUGGGUUUUGGAGCAUCGGAUUAAUGAGAAUUUUCGAGGGCCACCGAUAGAGCAACUGGGAAAUGCUCUUUAUUUCUCCUUCUCAAGUCCAGUCUUCGCGCAUCGUGACACAACAAAUGGAAAUAUGGGGCGCUUUGUGCUCAUCAUGUGGUUGUUUGUGGUACUUAUAUUAACAAGCAGUUACACUGCAAACGUGGCCUCCAUUCUAACAGUAGAGCAGCUGCAACCUACUGUUGUAGAUAUUGAAACUCUGAUAAAUAAUGGUGACUUUAUUGGAUACCAAAAUAACUCUUGUGUCGAAGGCCUUCUGGUAAGGUCAGGCUUCUUGAAGUCGAAACUCAUGCCUUAUGACACUCCCAAUGAAUAUGCUGAAGCCUUGUCAAGGGGUAGCAGCAAUGGAGGGGUUGCUGCAAUCUUUGAUGAGGUGUUUCCGAAAAACUCCCCAUUACUUUCAGACAUUUCCAGCGCGGUCCUAAGCAUAUCAGAGGGAGACAAGAUGGACGCCAUAGAGCGGGCAUCAUUUGUGAAAACAAGCGUAUCGCACGACAAUACCUCAACUGCUCUGAGUCUUGAUUGCUUUUGGGGCCUUUUUGUCAUAGUUUGGACCACUUCCAUUGGAGCACUAAUAAUCUUUUCCAUUUCCUUUUGGAUAGACGGUCAUAAAAGAGCAACUAAGUGAAACUACAAUGGCAGAGAAUCAAGGCCAUGGCUCGACGCUUCAAUGAGAAAAAAUUCUUGUGGCAUGUGUUUCAGAGAAGUGAGAGUAGAGACCGAGAAAUGGAGCUCGAUAGAGAUGGUGGAACGAUAGCUACAGAGUGCUUCGAGCUUUUAUAUGGAUGGAGAGGUGCGCUUUACUGAUGACAGCAUCAGGUGUUGUAGCACCUCAGACUCCGGUGAUGAUUCUUCUGUUGCCUUGCCAACCUCAACCAUGGAAGAGGGUCAUACAAAUGCCCAAGAGAUGCGUGAUCCAUUUCCAUAAUAUAGAAGGUUUUUUUAUUUCUAUAGUUUUGUACCUAUGAUUUUUAGUAUUUCAUCUAUUUGCAAGAUGGAUGCUUAGGUCACUGGCUGAAUUAGCAUGUAUUAGUACCUAAGCCUUCCAAUUCAACAAGAAGCAUGAAG